GAAAAAAAAACCCUCCCGAAGGCGAAACAAAGCAAGGGUUUGUAGAGGCAGGCAGCCUUCAGCUCCUUCUUUACUCUUUGAAUUUCAAUGGGUAGUAGCAGUGCUGUAGAGAAAACGGAGAACGAGCUCCAACGAGAGAUCGAUGAGCUCCAUCGCCAGCAACGCCAGAUUUCGGAGCGCCUUCGUGAUCCUCGGGGACUUCGAAGGGGAGGCUUUUCCUCCGCCGCCGCCGCCGCCCCUCGAAACUUCGCUUCUAACGGUGCUCGUCAUCGCGGCUUUGUUCGACCGGCUGAUAGGAACGAGGCAGAAGAUCAACCUCCUGCGAAAAGGCGACUUUUAUCUGCUGUUGUUAAGGUGGAGGAGGAUGGAGAGAUCAUUGAGGAUCCUGCCAGAGCAGAGGAUGUGAAGAAGCAGCAAUUGGCUGAGGAAGGAAAUGUUGACCCUGCUAAAGGGACUCUGGCUGAUGGAAAGCCUGCCAUGUUAAGGCAAAGUGGUUGGUCUAGGAGAGAUGUCAAUCAAAGAGCAGUGAAGAGGGUGGUUGAAACUCCAGUGAUUGAGCCUGUUCCAAGGGUGUUACCCAAGAAUCAGGAUCCAAGCUUGGUUAGCAGAAACAAAAGAAUGCUGGGGCAACUCUUAGGUACUCUUGAGAAAUUCAGGAAAGAAGAUAUGAAACUUUCAGGCACUGAAGCAUUUAUACAAAGGUCAAAUGCCUUGCAAAGAGCUGAACAAAAAGCACGUGAAGAAAGUGAAAGGCUGAGGCAACAAGAGCGUGAACAAAUUGCUGAACAGAGGAAGAAAGAUCUGACUCUCAGAGCGCGUAUUGCUGCAAAGGCUGAAGAAAAGAAGUUGGAAUUGCUGUUUAUUCGCUGGAGUGAGCACCACAAAAAACUUAGCAAUUUUAUAAGUUUUAAUGUUUUCCUGUGUAUUGUUCUUCUGCUGCAGGUUAUUUUUAACUUUGGUCCAAGUGUCCAUAUUCACAAUUUUAUUGAGACGAAGAUAAGUUUCUGUUCAAGUGCUCACUUUGAUUGCUUGUGGGAUCUGUUUUUCAGGACCAAGGCAGAACCUCCGAUUUAUUAUCUGUUUAAAAAGCCGUUGGAAAAAGAUGCCACCUUACUUGACCAGCAAAGAGAACAGGCAUUUUUAGAAUGGAAAGCUGCUAGGAGAGAGGAAUUAUCUGAAUAUCAGAAGCAGAUUGGGGAUCAGCAUCUUGGCUAUGUGGAAAAGGAGUUGGAGAGGUGGCAAAAUGCAAGAAAAGCGAGGAGAGCGAACAAUGAUGCGAACUUGCAAGAAACAAUGGACAAAGAACUGGAUACCCACAGGCUUGAGCAUGGUCCCAAGACAAGAAAGAUACCUGGUGGAAGCAACAAUGAAGACGAGGAUGACGUGGAGGAUAUCAAUGUCGGGGAGGAUGACUUGAUGGAUGAUGUUCUGGUGGUUGAUGAUAACAGCAGGAGGGUUGAUGAGGUAGCCCAGCCUGAACCCAAUGAUACCAGCCCCCCCUCCUAAUCAGUAAUGAUUUAAGGCAUCAUGUUGCGUUCCUUAUAUCAGGUUAUUCUGUUGCUUAGUCUUUUUUGCUCUGUAUUUACUUGCUUUGGACUGGCUGUCACAUUGUUUAUUUCUCUCGUUAAUGUUAGAUCGUCAUGGUUUUUUUUUGUAUUAGGAUAGACUGGUUCUCUUGUUUCCCUUUUGAUAUUGUACUACCCGUGUCUCUAGAAAUGGUCAUUUUAUUUGGUGUAUUUUCUACAAUCAUCAAUGCGAAGCUGUAGAUGAAUAAUUGCAUGCGGUAAA